UCCGCCUCCCCCCUCAUCUCUGGCACUCCCUCAAGGCCGUGUUAUUGUUCCUGCCUAUCAGUGUCAUUUCCACAGCCAGUGCUGAAAGAGAGUGGAGAAACAGAGGCAGGUGAGAGUGGACGAGAGACACCGAGGAGGAGCUCACCUGUGUGUUCAGCUCUGCUUUUAACAGAGGACAUUACUCCAUCAGGAGGACUGCUGACAGCUCCACACAUGAUAAUCCACUGCUGUCCCUAGGCAGAAGAAGUGAUGAGAAGAUAAAUAAGGAAUCAGUGGAACAGUAAAUCCACGUGAGGCAGUCAGUGGAGGAGUGGAGGACUAUAUUCCUGCGAGAUGGAGCCGAGUCCAAUGGUGUGGCACACUCAGGUGGUCCCGCUGGAAACAGAGCUGGAGAAGGUGAGCUCUCAUCCCGAGUGCUCCAUCUGCUUCAACACCUACGACAAUGUCUUCAAAACGCCAAAACAGUUGGACUGCACCCACACAUUCUGCCUUGAAUGCCUUUCCCGGAUCAUGACCACCUCCAUGGACCCUCAAAACUCAAAAAUCCCCUGCCCCUUCUGCCGCCAACCGACCACCAUCCCAAAAAAGGGGCCGCCGGCUUUGACCACCAGCCAGGAGGUUCUAUGUCGCCUGCCCAUCCACCAGCAGCACGAAGAGCCUGUAUGGCUGGACGGGGAGAGGCUCUGUUACCAACGGCCAAUAGAAAUGCCAGGAGUACCAGCAUUCUGCAUUUGUGUGGAUAUUGGGGCUAGUGGCCAUAGUGGUGUGUCUUCUUCCCAGACUCGUCCGAGGCUCAGUCUGAUGGAAAGGAUGAUGGACUGGAAACGUUUGCUAAUUUUUAUAUUCCUCAUGGUGCUGCUUUUGGGGAUUGUUUUGUGGCCCCUGCAGUGCAUCGUCACAACGGGCUCCUUGCGUUGCUCGCCCCAGAACAUGCAUAUGUCUACUACUACCGCUUCUACAACCACAGUCACAAUGUUGUUGUAAGUUAGACUGCAAAAUUAAGAUGAUUGGUAUCCGUUUACAUCCAUUCUUGCAAAGACUGUUGGGUGAUGAAAGAUUUAGAGUGAGCUGCAGGACGGCAGAGCUGCAUCAGUAUCUUAUAGGACAUUUUAAUAAGAGCCAAAAUCUAUAGCCAGUGCAGAUGAGAAAGCUGACUGAUGACUGUAAGCCUACAAUGAUCAAAACUACAUUUAUAUUAAACAAGUUUAAUAAAGGGCAAUUCAUCGACAGAUGCCGACCAAAGUUAACAGACAUUUCAGGUCUGAUCAGUGUUUUGGUGGUGCUGGUACUGUAACCUGGUUGUUAUCUCUGCUGGGCUGGUUCAGACAGUCUAGCGCAGUGGUUCUCAAACAGGCUUUCUUCUAGUGGUAUGUGGAGGAAUAACUAAAUAAUUAAAGUAAAAAUGUACAUACUUUUAACCAUUUAAUGUGUUCGAUAACAUCGAUGUGAUCAGUCAAUUGAUUUUAAUAGGCUAAACCUUUUAUUUUAUUUUCAAUUUACUAAAGUUUGUUAUGUAUUCUAUCAUUUGAAGCUAAUUUCCUCCCUAUAUUGUGAUGGUUGUUGGGGGCAUAUUCCGUAUUUUUAUAUCCUAAUGUUAACAGGUAUAAUUUAAUCACUUGCUUUUCUGACACACAAAGCCUACUCUAAUGCACAGUAGGCAGAUCUAAAUUCUAAUUUUAAUAUGUAAAUCCAAUUCAUUUAUUUAAAAUACAAGUUAUUGUUUAGAUUUCACAGAUAUACAAAUAAGUCAUAUCUAGAUGCAAGAUAUUUUUCAAAAUUUAUCAAAAAGAGUUUAUAUAUGAAUAGGAUGACAAAUAGCCUGAGGUUCAAGGAACAUUUGCAGGUUUUAAUGAAUAGGCUAUUAUAGGAUAAUACUUUACAUUUAAGUACAGCAGUUUUAUUUUUACUUUUUAAGAACAGUGCCAUAAUAAAUAUUCAUUAUAAUAGUAAGAAUUAAUCUGCCACGUUUUUGAACUGUGCAGAGCUUUACCUGCUUAAUUAGGCCUACUAAACUACUGUAUUGUGGAUGUGGAUGUCUGUUACAUUUUCAGUUUAUAGGAAUUAUGGUGGUACUUGAAGAAACUUAAUUUUUUUCUGAGGUGGUAUUUGGAUAAAAAAGUUUAAGAACCACUGCUCUAGCAUGUACUGGCCUGAAAGGGAUUGUUCGGUUAGAAAUGAAUAUUUGCUCCUAAUUUACUCAUCCUAAUGCCAUCCAAAAUGGUCCUUGGUGAUUUGCAAAAUGCAAGUGAACAACUACUUGCCCUUCAAGAGUAGAAAACACAUAUGGGCAAAAUUGAAUUAAUACCUGUGGAUCCUGAUGACACAUUAAGGUCUUAACAUCAACAUAUUAAUGUAUUGUAAGGAGAAACUUUGCAUAAUUUACAAUAGUUAAACCUUUAAUCAACAGUUUGAAAAACAGCAUAUUUCAUAAAUGCCACCUCCGGUGGACAGUAGCAGACUCUGAAAUGUGAUGCAGAUCCAGAGUUCCACAUGAGGUUAUUAAUUAGCAAUAAGAAUAAAUAUUACAAACAUAAACAUUAAGUGAGCAGGUUACACUAUAACCCUGUGUCUUAACAACAGGCUAUGUGAUGAGAUUUGCAGUAACAAGCAAUUUGGCUGUUUGCAUAAGACGAAACACCACAGAAAUUUAAAUA